UUUACAAAUGUGAUGAUUUGACAUUAACCUGGUUUAAGUCAUACCUGCAAGAAAGAGACCAAUGUGUGCACUUUAAAGGAACUUUGUCAUCGAAGAAAUCUUCUCUGUAUGGUGUCCCCCAAGGAAAUAUUCUAGGACCUUUAUUGUUUAUAAUGUUUAUCGACGAUCUUCCACUAUAUGUCAAUUCCAACACAGACAUGUAUGCUGAUGAGUUGACAAUCCAUACAAGUGCUAGAACAGUUGAGGAACUCAAUAAUAAAUUAACUGAGGAUAUGACAAACGUUCAAGCAUGGUAUACUGACAACAACAUGGUAAUAAAUGACG